CUGCCAUGGCCAGUGCCAGUACUUGCCACUCUACCCUACCACAUGCGCUCACAAUACUACUGACACUCUAGUACAAGGAUACCGGUCACAACGUAUCUAAUUUGAAGUUGCCUCUCCGUCGUUCUUUACUUGCCGUAAAUAGCACCCCGAUUGCUCCCGAAACGACUCAAUACUUGCCAGUGGACGACUUUCCCUCAGUCAUCUAUCUGAGAAGGGGGGUAUUUCGUCACCUUCGCUCCAGUACGAGUAAUAUCCGCCAAUCAAAUGCUUGUCCUAAGACCGUUUAUACGCCAAGUCGUGUUCCGUGCAGCCCGGCCGCAUUUCAUCGCUACACCUAGAUACAGUAGUACACUUGCAGAGGAUGUUCGCUCGGAUUCAACUUUCAGGAUACCCCUCAUUGACUUUGCAGCUUAUAAACAAGCCACCUCUUUGGCUGACAAGCGUCGCAUCGCGGAUGACAUUGUAAACGGAUUCAAAGAAGUCGGCUUCGUGUAUUUAACAGGCCAUGUGAUUGAACCCGAGACGGUCAACCACAGUGCAGAAUUCUUCCGAUUAUCCGAAGAGACCAAGGCAAGGCUGGCAUGGGACGACCCUAAGGCUAAUCGUGGUUAUGUUCAAGUUGGCCGUGAGCGUGUCACCACUUCAAUGGAUGCGGCCGAGAUCGCUGUAUUACGCGCAAAGGCUCCAGACACCAAGGAAUCUAUGGAAAUCGGACGUGAAAACCAUCCUACGUUCAGUAAUAAGUGGCCUCAAGAAAGUGAAGUACCUGGAUUUAAACAGACGAUGCUCCACUUUUUCCAGACUUGCCACGAAGUGCACAUCAUGGUCAUGAAAUCGAUUGCGUUGGGUCUCGACCUUCCUGAGGAUUUCUUCGACAAUAAGAUCGAUCGUCAGGACCAUAACUUACGGCUUUUGUCCUAUCCUCCUAUUCGAACCUCCUUACUUCGAAGCGACGGUCAAGCCAGGGCCGCUUCUCACACAGAUUAUGGAACUUUGACACUCUUGUUCCAGGACUCCAUUGGUGGUUUAGAGGUCCAGAACCCUCAUACUAAGCAUUAUCAACCUGCUUCACCCAUUCCUGGAACAAUUGUCGUCAACGCUGGGGACCUUUUGGCGCGCUGGAGUAACGAUAUCCUCCGUUCAACUCUCCAUCCGAAGAUCAACGCUACCGAAGGCAUGACGCCCGCACGGCAAUCAAUUGCAUUCUUCUGCAACCCGAAUUUUGACGCUAUCAUCGAGAGUUUGCCCACUUGCACGAGCACAUCCAAUCCAAGCAGAUAUCCUCCGCUUACUACGGAGCAAUACAUUGUAGGACGUUUGGCAGCUACUUACUCAUGAAAUACGCUCAGACACGAAAUUCUGAC